UAGCCAGUCGCUGCUACUGACACCGACAGCCGACGUCAAACGGCAGCGUCGCGUCCCUUCGCUUCUCUCUACUCAAAGAACCUGCGCGAGCUCCAUACCACUCUUGCCUCUAUCCGCAGCACUCAUUCGAACACAAAACAACACCAGACAGCCGCGGAGGAAGAAAGGCGCACUCCAGAGAUGACCGAGCGAAGGCAGGAGCACUCGCCGCCGUCCAAGAUCCCCCGCCUCUCCGGCGCCGACGACGAUGACGGCGCAGGGACGGUGACCAUGGCGGCGCCGUCGCCGCUGGUUCUUGGGCUGGGUCUCGGCGUAGGCGGCAGCAGCAGUGACAGCGGACGCGACGACGCGGAGGCCUCUGCGGCGACGCGGCCGUCGGCGCUGACGUUCAUGCAGCGGCAGGAGCUGGAGCACCAGGUGCUCAUCUACCGCUACUUUGCCGCCAACGCUCCCGUGCCCGUGCACCUCGUGCUCCCCAUCUGGAAGAGCGUCGCCGCUUCCUCCUCCGCCCCGCAGAGGUUUCCAUCCCUGGCGGGGCUGGGGAGCAUGUGCUACGACCACAGGAGCAGCAUGGAGCCGGAGCCGGACCGGUGCCGGCGCACGGACGGCAAGAAGUGGCGGUGCUCGCGCGGCGUGGUGCCGGGGCACAAGUACUGCGAGCGCCACGUCCAUCGCGGCCGCGGCCGUGCAAGAAAGCCUGUGGAAGCCGCGGCGGCCACAUCAGCCGUCCCGAUCCGCGCGAUGCACGCCGCCGACGCGCAGGGCGCCACCAGUGCGCACGCGGCGCCACCGCAGCGCCUCGGCUUCUCCUCCCCCGCCGGCGUCUACCUGGCGCACGGCACCGCCCGUGCCACCUGACCUGACGCCGGCAUUUUCUUCAGUUAGCUACAGAUGUUUUGCUUUGCUUGUUUGUGCUAAUCUGUAGCGGGAAAUCUCCGAGGAUUAUGCUGUACUGGUACUGGUAA